AUGCCCUGCCAUCGCUAUGGCCUUCGCUCGGUCACCCGUGCUCGCGAGAACCAGCAACGCACACCCGUCACCAUCAAGAUUGUCGGUCGCCACUCGCCAGAGCAGAUCCGGCAAACGGUUGCGGAGGAUCUCGAAAAGAAGAAACGAUCCCGUCGUCACAAGAAGGUCACGCUACGCGUGAAGAAGCAGAGCCAGCCUCGGGAGCUGGCUCCUCCGCAACCCGCACCGGCGCCAUGGAGACGACCAGACUUCAUCAUCGUCUUUAAGGGCGCCCGCAACCUGUGGUCUCUGCAGAACAGGAAAAGCGGGCGCUGCAUCUGGCACGCGGAGCGGGACCAGGAUCGUUCCGUUGCCUUUGCCUACCACGAAAACCACCUUGUCGGCCUCGAAGACACCACCACGGGAAAGUUGUUAUACAUCGACGGUCGUUACAUACAGGCUCACAGUCUUACUUUGGACGACGUUAUUACAUACGACCAGGUCCAUAUCCCGAUCGAAAAGCCACAUGAUGUUGAUACGCUACCGGUUGUCAACAUCAAGAUUGAGGAAGACUAA